CCUCCCACCCCCUCCCCCCAAGCGCACAUCCGAACCUCCUCCCUGCACCCCAUAACCCCCUCCCCCACCCCCUUCAACCACCUCGUCCUCGACCCAUCGACAAAACAAACCCUCAAAGCCGUGAUAACCCCCUUCUCCUCCCCCCUCUCUUCCCCUUCCCAAAUCUACCCCUGGCCAAGUGACAUAAUCCCCGACAAAGGCCUCGGUAGGAUCUUCCUCCUCCACGGCCCCCCAGGCGUGGGGAAAACCCUUACAGCAGAAGUCUCCUCCCUCCUCACCCGCCGCCCAUUACUCCCCCUCACCCCCGCCGACCUCCCCCCUUCCCCUUCGGAAAUCGAAACCUCGUUGUCAUACUACCUCACCCUGUCGGAACGCUUCGGCGCCCUAGUCCUUAUCGACGAGGCAGACGUCUACCUUGAGCGUCGCCAAUCCAAAGAUCUCCGUCGUAACAGUCUUGUGUCGGUAUUCCUGCGGGCGCUGGAGUAUUACAAGGGGGUGAUGAUGCUCACGACGAACAGAGUGGAGAUGUUUGAUGAUGCUUUUACCAGUCGGAUUCACGUCGCGUUGCACUAUAAAGAACUGGAUGAGGAGCAGAGGGGGCGGGUUUGGGAGGUGGGGUUUGAUAGGCUGGAACGGGAGAGUAAUGGGCGGGUGGUGGUUCACACAGCGGCGAGGGAGUGGGUUAAGGGGAAAGAGAUGAGGGAGUUGGGGUGGAACGGACGGGAGAUCAGGAACGGGCUUCAGACUGCUGUUGCGCUGGCGGAGUUUGAGGCAAACGAAAAGGGGGUGGUGGGACGGGUGGUGGUGAAAGAGGGGCAUUUGAAAACGGUGGGGGGGUUGAGCAGGGGUUUUAGGGAGUAUAUGAGGGAGAGGAAGGGAGGGUUGGAAGAGUAG